GGAGCCGCUGUUUGUGCGCUCGGGGCCGCGCCGGGAGGGCCCGGAGGAUCCCAGCCCGUCCCAGCUGCGGGGCCAUGGCCGGGCGCGGCGCCCAGCGCCCCAACGGGCACUCGCAGCCCAGUAAGAUCUGCCAGUUCAAACUGGUGCUACUGGGAGAGUCGGCCGUGGGCAAAUCCAGCCUGGUGCUGCGCUUCGUCAAGGGCCAGUUCCACGAGUACCAGGAGAGCACCAUCGGCGCCGCGUUCCUGACUCAGUCCGUGUGUCUGGACGACACCACGGUGAAGUUUGAGAUCUGGGACACGGCGGGGCAGGAGCGGUACCACAGCCUGGCCCCCAUGUACUACCGGGGGGCCCAGGCUGCCAUCGUGGUCUACGACAUCACCAACCAGGAGACGUUUGCCCGCGCACGGGGCUGGGUGAAGGAGCUGCAGCGCCAGGCCAGCCCCAGCAUCGUCAUCGCCCUGGCCGGCAACAAGGCCGACCUGGCCAGCAAGAGGAUGGUGGAGUACGAGGAGGCGCAGGCCUACGCCGAUGACAACAGCCUGCUCUUCAUGGAGACCUCGGCCAAAACAGCCAUGAACGUCAACGACCUCUUCCUGGCCAUCGCCAAGAAGCUGCCAAAGACGGAGCCGCAGAGCUCGGCCGGGGCCGGGGGCCGGGGCCGGGGCGUGGACCUGAGCGAGCAGAGCCCGCAGGGCCGCGGGCAGUGCUGCAGCAACUGAGGGAUCUGCUGGGAUCCGCCGGGAUCUGCUGGGAUCCGCCGGGAUCUGCUGGGAUCCGCCGGGAUCUGAAGGGAUCUGAUGGGAUCCGCCGGGAUCUGCCGACAUCCGCUGGGAUCCGACCCACGCCCGCAACCCCGCGGGGCAGUGCUGCAGCAACUGAGGGAUCUGCUGGGAUCUGCUGGGAUCUGCUGACAUCCGCUGG